AUGACAUAUUUUGUUGGAGCUUACACCAUGUGCAGAGUGAUGAACAGGACUGAGAUGGCUACCAAUUUCCCAAUUAACGAGCUGCCGAUCGCCGUUGUUCAGCUACCGAACGGGAUGGUCGAGGCGAUCAAUCUUGGAUGUUCGGUUUUCUUGAUCGAAGAGGAUGCCGUGUUUUGGUUCCUAGAUGCUUUCAUAGAAAUGCACGACGCGGCUCGGUUUCGAUGUUCCUCUAAAUAUUUCGUAGUAAUGCUACAAUCUACCGGCAGCGAUCAGCCAGACGUUCUCGAUCGAGUUCAAACGCACCCAGCUCUUGAAAACAUGCCGAAUUUUCUGUUGAUGGUCCCCAGAGUGGGAAAAUUUGAAUUCAUUACGAAUCGCUUCGUUGGGAAUUCCCCAAUGUCUUCAGAAUAUGUUUUGCUGGACGAGUACAGUAUCGAAAGUGAUUCAUUCGUUUACGAAGAGAAUCUUUUUCCGGACAAGUUGAGUGAUCUCAUGGGUAAGACCAUAAAAGUAGCUUCAUUUUAUCUCAUACCGUGGUUCAUGAUGCGCAAAGCGGACGAUGGAAUCUUCACAUUUCGAAACCGGUCAUAUACUGCAGACGGAUCAGAUGGAUAUUUUAUGAUUCUGUUUUGCUUACGAUACAAUUGCACCUGGGAGCUGCAUGUGGAUGAAAAGAAUCUCUACGGGCAAGUGUUCGAGAACGGCUCUGGCAAUGGCAUGUUCGGGGCAUUGCUUGACCGCAGCGUUGAUUUCGCCAUGGGAGGUGUCGGAUCAUACUACAGUUUGUUUCAACAUUUUAGUACGUCGAAGCCAGUUCGAUGGGCUGCAGUGACCUGCUUAACAACCAAGCCAAGGCUGGUACCUUACUGGAAGUAUAUUUUUAUCGUCUUCUCGCCAUCAAUCUGGGAAAUAUUGAUGGUAGUCGCCAUAGUACUGACAUCUUGCCUUUUCAUAGCGAAUAGGAGAGGUUCAAAUUAUCAUGACAAAGGUUAUACGUGGAUCUUUCUGAAAGUCCUUAAAUCGUUAAUGUUGAUCUCAGCUGAUCUAUACAGCAGCAAUGCCUCUAGCGUUAUUCUGAUAACAUUCUUACUGAUAUUCUCUCUCAUAAUUGGAAACGUUUACAUAGGGCAAAUUCACAGUAUUCUAACACUUCCUCCUUAUCAACCUUCGAUAGACACUGUGCAAGAACUGAUCGCGAGCGGACUUCAAUUGAUAGAACGCCAUCCUAUAUGGAUGUACACCAUCUCCGGAUCAACCAACCCCAGAGAUCAGAAACUUGUGGCCCAAUUCCGUGCGGUCUCGCCCGAACACAUGGCAGCAAUAGUGGACAACGGAAGGGAGGCCAUUUUGAUAGCGUUGCUCGAGAGCGGUUACACCAUGGUAGCCGAUGCGAUCAAUGCGCAAAACAUCAAACACUACCGGAUCAUGAGUGAGCAGUUGUACUACGAGUACGAAGUAGCAUAUGCCACCAAGACAUGGCCCCUGCUGGACAGGAUCGAUCAGCUGAGCAUGUGGGCGCGGGAUGGCUGUCUGUUUCAGUACUUGGAACAGAUCAUGGUUGCUCGGUACAUGAACUACUGGGUACAGGUGGCAAUAGAGCAUUCUCGGGAACGACCUCAUGUCGUGAAGCUGAAAAAGAUGGCCGUCGAAGAAAUUUCCGGCGCUUUGAUGGUUCUCGGUGUUGGCCUGUCAGGGGCGACUUUGGCAUUCCUCUUCGAAAAUGUAGCUUAUUGCAGUUUCCGUAUUUUUAAGCAGUUUAUGACAAGGAAAAAGAUUUGUGUCUGA